AUGAUCACCGCCUCGGACCUCUACCACGUCCUCACGGCAGUGGUGCCGCUGUACGUGGCCAUGAUCCUCGCCUACGGCUCGGUGAAAUGGUGGAAGAUCUUCUCCCCCGACCAGUGCUCCGGCAUCAACCGCUUCGUCGCCCUCUUCGCCGUUCCCUUGCUUUCUUUCCACUUCAUCUCCACCAAUGACCCCUAUGCCAUGAACUACCGCUUCAUCGCCGCCGACACGCUGCAGAAGCUUAUUAUCCUCGCUGUGCUCGCCGUGUGGACCAACGUCAGCUCCCGCGGCUGCCUCGAGUGGAGCAUCACCCUCUUCUCCCUCUCCACCCUCCCCAACACGCUGGUGAUGGGCAUCCCCCUGCUGAAGGGCAUGUACGGCACCGCCACUGGAACUCUCAUGGUGCAGAUCGUCGUCCUCCAGUGCAUCAUCUGGUAUACCCUCAUGCUCUUCCUGUUCGAGUACCGUGGGGCGCGUCUGCUCAUCGCCGAGCAGUUCCCCGACACCGCCGGCUCCAUCAUCUCCUUCCGGGUCGACUCCGACGUCAUCUCCCUCGACGGCAAGGAGCCGUUGCAGACCGAAGCGGAGAUCGGCGACGACGGAAAACUCCGUGUCACCGUGAGGAAAUCCUCCGCCUCCCGCUCCGACGUCUUCUCAAGGCAUUCUCACGGGCCGGCAGCGGCGGCGGCCAUGACCCCGCGGCCGUCGAACCUCAGCAACGCGGAGAUCUACUCACUCCAGUCGUCCAGGAACCCCACGCCGAGGGGGUCGAGCUUCAACCACGCUGAUUUCUACACGGCGGCGGCGGGUAGUCGGAACAUGCCUGGUCUGAGCCCACGGAGCUCCAACUUCGGCAACACGGGCUUCGACGAGGAGACCGGCGGCGGUAAGCUGCUGAGACCCAACGGAGCGGCGGUGGGGGCACGGAGGAAGGGGAACGGCGGCGGCGGCGAUGGCGGCAAGGAGCUGCACAUGUUCGUGUGGAGCUCCAGCGCGUCUCCCGUGUCGGAAGUCGGCGGUCAACUCUCCAGGGGGGCGGAGCUCGGGAAUGACGACCACUGUAACGGUGAGAGAGUCGCUCUCUUCCCAGGCGCGUUAGUUCUCCAUGCGCUGCUGCAGCUGACCUUCAUGAUUUUGGGAAUGUUUUUUGCAGAGGCUCUGCAGAGGGAGAAAGACGAGUGCAACAACCUCGCGAAGCCCGCGGCGGCGGUGGGGGCGUCGUCGACGCCCCCGGCGAGCGUGAUGACGAGGCUCAUCCUGAUCAUGGUCUGGCGGAAGCUUAUCAGGAAUCCGAACACCUACUCCAGCCUCAUCGGCCUCAUCUGGUCUCUGGUUUCCUUCAGGUUGGUCCAAAACCUUCCCAUACAGUCACAUCGGCGGCGUUCUUCAUGAGAUAUAUCUUCUAACCAGUGAUCUCAAUCGAGCAGGUGGGGAAUCGAGAUGCCCGCCAUUAUCGCCCGCUCGAUCUCCAUUCUUUCCGACGCAGGGCUGGGCAUGGCGAUGUUCAGUCUCGGUAAAUCCUUACUCUCUCUCGCUCUCUCGCCAUUACAGGCAGCGAAAGUGAGUUAACUCCGUCUUCUUCCUCCUCAGGCCUGUUCAUGGCGCUGCAGCCCCGCAUCAUCGCCUGCGGGAACUCCGUCGCGGCCUUUGCCAUGGCCGUGAGGUUCGUCACCGGGCCGGCGGUGAUGGCCGCCGCCUCCAUCGCCGUGGGGCUGCGCGGUGUUCUCCUGCACAUCGCCAUCGUGCAGGCGGCGCUCCCGCAGGGGAUCGUCCCCUUCGUCUUCGCCAAGGAGUACAACGUGCACCCGGACAUCCUCAGCACCGGGUUCGUCGAGUAGCUCCGCCAUUGCCGCCUCCGGCAAGCGCCCCCUGCUCGCCGGGGAGAUGACCUAACCAAAGUUUGUUCUUCCAUCCUCGCAGGGUCAUCUUCGGGAUGCUGAUAGCGCUGCCCAUAACGCUGGUUUACUACAUCCUGCUGGGGCUCUGA